AUAGGUACCUAGGCUCCGCUCCCCGGUUCAUCGUCAAAAUCGGCUUUCCUCACAGCCACAUCCUCUACAUCCAUCUUAUCCUCCAAUCGGCUUGGAACAAGAGAAUCAAGCAUUCCGAGGCUCGUACAACAUGUUACGGCGAUCGCCACAGGACAGCUCCCCAUAAAAUCAUUUACCAAGCUGAUCGGAUCCCGGCCAGGGACAGCAACCUUACAAUGCAACGCCUUACGCAGGAAGGACCCAGCCUGACAGUCGAGGUACUCGAUGUUGACCACUACCACCCUCUCGUCCGCGCUAUCCGCAAUGUCUUAUCGACCCCUCUCGCCGAGGUCACCUAUGCCCAGCUCAUCGAUGGCCUCCCAAUCGUCGAUACCGUCUGGGACAUGCGAGGGUCUCUUUUACUGAGGGGACACCCUCUUAUCGAUCAUGACAGACUGUGCGAGGGCGCACUAGAACGGGCUUUAAGGUCCCGUGACACUUUCGACCCUGCAAUCCUUCGCUUCGACUCAAUUGUCAUGCAAAGCUACCAGAAGGCCACACUAGGGACUCGUGAGUUCAAGCUGCGCCUUGUCGAGCUUGUCGCAAAAUCGGUACACCAGAUCGCCGUCCUCUUGUCCCAGUUAGAUGACAAGUUGCACAGCAAAGAGGACAUACACGCAGUUGUCUCUUGGAAGAAGGAGUCUCAAUGGGUUGUGGAAGGUCGUCGUCGGGUAUUCGAGGAGGCGCUAAAACCCCGCCCGACUUUGUUUUAUCAUGUCGACUACAUGGAUUAUGAGCAAUACCCGGAAGGGAUGGCUGACGUGGCGGGCUACUGGGCAGAAGAUCGCAUCUUUGGGGGUAUCGUUGUUUUUGACAGAGGGGAGUCGGGAUCCGAGUGCAACGAUAUUUACUUCCAUUCCGGCCGACAACAAACAACAUUCCGUGUCUGGAGGCUUCUCGAUGACCAAUUUACGGAUUUAGUGGACUUCUUGCUCGCCGAUAACCCGCCAAAACCUCCCUUUCCCAUCCUAGCAUCUCAGGCGAACCGGCAUCGGCACGAUCCAUGGGAUGCAAUCGCUCUGCACCACGUGUUUCGCGACCCUUGGGAGCGAAGGUUUCCAUCCACAAAACCGGAAGAGACAAGGGAUGUACGGACUGUAGGGGACUAUCCCGAGCUGGACGACAUGUUUGACGCGCUGCAAUCCGCCGAUGAGGCGGGUCAUGAUGCAGACUCCAACUAGAAUUGGGAAGGGUAAAGGACGGAAACAACUAGUUGCUGCUACGGG